AAACCUCGGCUACAACGAAUUGAUAGGCACCAUUCCCGCCUUUCUUGGCAACCUCCAAAAGCUUUCCCACCUCAGAUACCUAUAUGGGAACAACCUGACUGGCUCGAUACCAGCCUCACUGGGCAAACACUCGAAUCUAGGAGAUCUAGAAUUUCACAUCAACUUAUUGACUGGCACAAUUCCUGAAUCCCUUUGUAAUCUCACGAAGCUUAGCACGUU